UACUCCGCCAGCUGAUUCCCAGUGAGGGAAGCGUUUCUAUAGACGGACUACUUGAAUGCAGUGGUUAUGCUCAUGCCCGGAUACGUAGACGGUGACUUCAUACUCAUUUUUCAGUGCACGUCCAGUGGCCGUCGCUCCUCUAUUUGAAUGGAUUUAUCGUAAAGAAAAGAAACAAGCUGCCAUCUACGUGUUCGCGCUGAUUUACACAGACAUGUAAGGAAACGUGAAGAUUAUCGAUUCUUUCCGACGGACUGUUGCGUUUAGGUGAGCUGCUAAAAAACAUUUUUCCUUCUUUGUUUCCGAAGCAGCGGUGCGUUCACUAUCGCACUGCCUUAAAAAUGAUGAAGAUGGGCUGUAUGAAAUAACGAAGAUCGCACGAUCUAGUACAGCAGACGCUGCUGUGUGUGUGUGAGAGAAAGAGAGAGCUAAAGGGGGCUGAUGGGGAGGUAAGGUAAUUGGCCAAAUGCAGUGGUGCAUAGCCUAUUAUACCCGUGUCUAACGUUUCUGAUCAAAUUGUGGCAGCAAUGGUGGAAGCAUGUGCUCCUUCCUCUUAGAGGAAUAAUACUGAAAUUGAUGAAUGUGGAGUCGCUCUAAAUCAUCAGAAUACAAUGAACACCACUCUUACACCUUCAGACCUGGUGGAUGUGCCAAGACUGCAGACCUUCAAUGGCACCCUGGGUAACCAGACCCCCUCGGGCUGGGCCGUGAUCCACACUGCUACCUUGACUUUUUGUUCCCUCCUCCUCAUCUUUAUCUUCUUCCUGGGCUCUUAUGGGAAUCUUGUGGUGUUCCUGUCUUUUUUUGACCCGGCGUUUCGCAAGUUCCGCACCAACUUUGACUUCAUGAUCCUCAACCUGUCCUUCUGCGACUUGUUCAUUUGUUGCGUGACCGCUCCCAUGUUUGCGCUGGUGCUCUUCCUGGAUGCAGGCGGAGGGGAUGGCGUGUCAAAGAGUUUCUGCUUCGCCUUCCACUUGACCAGUUCGGGCUUCAUCAUCAUGUCCCUGGAGACGGUGGCUGUCAUUGCUUUGCACAGACUCCGCAUGGUUUUGGGACAGCAGCCCAACCGCACUGCUUCCUUCCCCUGCACGCUGGCCCUGACCGCCCUGCUGUGGACAUCCAGCUUCACAUUGGCUGCUCUCCUCACCAUGCGCGCAUACCCACGCAAAGAUGGACCCUGCUUACCCCACUUUGGCCUGGGGAGUGGGCAGGCCAGGGUUGUGUUGUACGUCUACCUGGCAGAUUUUGCCUUUUGUGUUGCUGUGGUGUCUGUGUCGUAUCUGAUGAUUGCUCAGACCCUGAGGAAGAACGCGCAAGUAAGGAAAUGCCCAAUCAUCACUGUAGAUGCCACCUGCCCUCCACCCCCACCACCUCUCAUUGCAGCAGGCUUUGAAAGCAUGCAGUGUGCCGUUCAAGGCCCCUCUCUGUACCGUAACCAGACUUACAACAAACUGCAGAAUGUACAAACGCACGCCUAUGCCAACAGGACAAACCAGCCGGUGGUUCCAGGGGCCGCCCAAGGAGCCACCUGCUGUCAGCUGGUCUCCACAGUCAACUUAGCCACAGCCAAAGACUCCAAGGCAGUUGUCACCUGUGUAGUUAUAGUGUUCUCUGUGUUACUCUGCUGUCUGCCGAUGGGAGUUUCACUGGCACAGGAUGUUUUGUCACCAGAAAGCAGCUUUGCACAUUACCAGUUCGAACUGUGUGGCUUUGUGCUCAUUUUUCUCAAAUCAGGCAUCAAUCCAUUUGUGUACUCGCGCAACAGUGCAGGCCUCCGCCGCCGCGUACUGUGCUGCAUUCAGUGGGCCGCACUUGGAUUUCUGUGCUGCAAGCAAAAGACACGCCUUCACGCAAUGGGGAAGGGGAGCCUGGAAGUCAAUCGCAAUAAAUCCUCCCAUCACGAGACCAACUCGGCCUACAUGCUGUCACCUAAGCCUCAGAAGAGGCUGGUAGACCAGGCUUGUGGACCCAGUCAUUCCCGGGAUUGCGCUGGCAGUCCCAGGGCGACCGGUACACGCAAACCUCGCCUCCCGAGCACCUCUACACCCAUCAACACCCGGAUUGAGCCCUACUACAGUAUAUACAACAGCAGUCCCUCAGCAGGGCCCAGCUCCCCCACCAGCCUACAGCCUAUCAGCUCUCAGACAUUUGCCUUUGCCAAGUCCUAUGUAGCCAUGCACUACCACACUCACCAAGAUGCUCUGCAGGACUUUGAAAGCACCUCAGUGCACCAGAUUCCCGUGCCCUCAGUAUAAUCAAAGAACAGAAAGCUUUGGACAAUCUCUCCAUGACUUUAAAUCCAAUGUGAAUCAAAGGAGGAACGUGUAAACAGGCCAUUUUUAUGUCUUUGGACUCAGUAUUAACAUUUUUGUUCUCUCCUACAUUAGAAAGAUGUUGCACUUUUUUGACUGGAGAAAUGACAAGAACCAGAAUUACAGUAUAAACUUCACCUUUGAAACUGAAAUGAGAAACAGAUUUAGAAUAAAAGUUUAUGUUCCAGCAAGUUA